AUGGCUUCCACCGCCCUCCAGAUUGCGCGCCUUGUGCUCCGUCAAGAUCAAGGUGCAGAGACACAGCCCGAUGAGGUUAUCACUUGCGGCAGCGACAACGAGUACGAUGGCCGCAUGGGUACCCGCAUCUCGUCCAUUUUUGUCAUUAUGGUGGCAUCUAGCUUCGGUGCAAUGUUCCCUGUUCUGGCAAGACGUACACGCCACAAGUUAGUACCCAACUGGGUCUUCUUCGCUGCAAAGUACUUCGGUUCGGGUGUGAUCAUCACCACCGCAUUCAUUCAUCUUCUCGCUCCCGCGAACGAAGCACUGGGUAAUGAGUGUUUGACUGGUGUCAUCGCCGCAUACCCCUGGCCCGAAGGCAUUGCCCUUAUGACUCUCUUCCUCAUGUUCUUCCUUGAGCUCAUGACUAUGCGUUAUGCCAAGUUUGGCAGUGAUCAUGACCAUGACCACAGCCACGCACCUGCAGGGACCCCACCAGUGGCGCACGCCGACGACUUCAGCAGCUACGAGAACAACCUGAAGGAGAAAAAGGCAGGCGACCUUGAGGGAAACGCUGGCAAUCCCAACUUGCGCGGUGAAGACCAUCUCGGCCAUCAGCGCGACCACGUCGACCACGAAGCUGAGAUCAAGUCCGACAUGACCCCUCGUGCCCUUGUGCCUGAAGGCUACGCCUCCCAGCUGACUGCCGUCUUCAUCCUCGAAUUCGGUGUCAUCUUCCACUCCAUUUUCAUCGGCCUCACACUUGCCGUGUCUGGCGAAGAAUUCAUCACACUCUAUAUUGUCCUGGUAUUCCAUCAGAUGUUCGAGGGCCUUGGUCUUGGAACACGUCUUGCUGAAGUUCCCUGGCCAGCAUCCAAGCGUUGGACCCCAUACCUCCUCGGUCUGGCGUACGGUCUUUCCACCCCUAUCGCUAUUGCUAUCGGUCUAGGUGUCCGACAGUCAUUUGCCCCCGAGUCACGCACUACAUUGCUCACCAACGGUGUCUUCGACUCCAUCAGUGCUGGUAUCCUCAUCUACACUGGUCUUGUUGAGCUCAUGGCCCACGAGUUCAUGUUCAGCCCUUACAUGCAAAAGGGACCUGUUAGCAGGACACUCAAGGCCUUCGGUCUAAUGGUCCUUGGUGCUGGUCUGAUGGCGCUGCUAGGUUACUGGGCUUAG